CCGCAAAGCUCCUCGUUAUUGGUUAAUGAAUGAUUUGUCGGAGCGGGGUUGUUGCGGAGGUCGGAGCUCUGGGAAGCGGGGUCUGAUGCUCGGCUGGAAAUCGCCCCCCGCUGCUUCUGCCCGCCGUGGGGGCCAGCCCUCCACUGGAUCCAGUCCCAGUGACCGCUGACCGGCGAGGCGGAGUCGCCAGACGCCAGAGAACCGAGAAUAAAAGGCUCGCCGGGCUAGCUGCUGAUUAACCCGCGAUUUGUCAGUUUGCUCUUCGGGGGGCAAGUGAGUGUGUCGCAUCGUAGGACAGCCUGCGUAACACUGGGAGAUCCCUGACUGGACAUAGCGGCGCCUGUGAGGCCAAAGACUACCAUCUAGUCCUCGGCCAGGAAACUUUUGGGAGCCCCUGCCUUGAGUGACCUGACAUGAGCCAGUGCAGGAGAGAACAAGAAGCCAUGGACGUACCUGCGACCAUCAGCACAGGGCAAAGCCCCACCACCUUCACGAGGGUCUUUGGACACCAGUGUGAGAUCAUGCAGGCAGCCGUUCAAUCCCUGGAUACUCUAAAUGAACAGAUCACAUAUUUCAUCAUGAGCAAGUCUGUAGCAAUGGACACUCAGCGGGACGCCUUGUUGCCCGAGGAGCAGGACACCCUGAAGAAUUCCUUGGCCUUAAUGAGACACCUCCUCAUGGACGUCCAGGCCAAGAUCCUCACCACCAUGGAAGACAAUAAGCAGCUGGCGGCGAAGAUCGAUGUGGCCGUCCAGUCGGCCAGCCGCGAGGUGACCAGUCUGAGAGCCGAGCUGACGGCCACCAACCGGAGACUGGCCGAGCUCAGCCCCGGGGCGGACUGCGCCGGCAUGGAUACCAAGUACGGAGAAGACGACUGUGAUGUGAGAUCUGAUGAGCUCCAGCAUCAUGUGACAGUGCUUCUUCGUGAGGAGGUUUCCCGGCUCCAGGAGGAAGUGCAGUGGCUGAGGCAGAUGAAGGAAAUGCUAACGAAGGAGUUGGAGGAUACGAAUGCAGGAAAAUCAGCUGAGAUCCUGUCGGUGACUGAGCUGAAAGUACAGCUUGCCCAGAAGGAGACCGAGCUGGCCCGAGCCAAAGAAGCCCUCCAGGCCAUGAAGACAGACCGUAAGCGAUUAAAAGCAGAAAAGGCAGACCUGGUAAACCAAAUGCAACAACUGUACGCGACGCUGGAGAGCCGGGAGGAGCAGCUGCGGGAUUUUAUAAGGAAUUACGAGCAACACAGAAAGGAGAGUGAAGAUGCAGUGAAGGUUUUAGGAAAAGAAAAGGACUCACUAGAACGAGAGAAAUGGGAUUUACGUAGACAAGCCAAGGAGGCAACUGAUCAUGUGACUGCACUCCAAACACAGCUGGACCUCAAAGAGAACAGAAUUAAAGAACUGGAGGCAGAGUUGGCCAUGAUAAUGAACCGUAUGGGCCAGAAAAUGGAAUAUCGCAUUUUCGAUCGUUCAGCUGAGAAGGAGUCCUUCCCUCGAGUGCUGGCGGCCAAGCAGUCCCUAGCCACGCUGACCAAGGAUGUCCCCAAGAGGCACUCACUGGCGAUGCCGAGCGAGAGUAUGCUAAAUGGGAACCAGGAGUGGGUGACACAGUCAGACCUACCACUCACUGCGGCAAUUCGACAGAGCCAGCAGACAUUGUAUCAUGCGCACCACCACUCGGUAGACAGGCAAGGAGUGCGAGUCAGUCCCUGUCACUCGAGGCAACCGUCCACCGUCUCGGACGCCUCGGUGCUUGAGGGUGAAAGGUCGUCCACACCAAGUGACAUCAACUCACCGCGACAUCGGACACACUCACUCUGUAAUUCACUAGAAGAUCUAGAAGAACAAAAGAGGAAGAAAAAGAAGGAGAAGAUGGUAUUUGGCUCCAUUUCGCGAGUGUUUGCCAGGGGCAAGCAACGGAAGUCCCUGGAUCCCGGCCUCUUUGAUGAUUCUGAUGGUCUGUCCAGCCCCACAAACCUGAGCCUCAGCUUGUCUGAGGGCGAUGAGCAUCUGGACAGGUUGCAGCAGGUGGAGAUUGCAAGGACCAUGCCGAUGUCUCAGUGGAAGGCGGGUACUGUACAGGCCUGGCUGGAGGUUGUCAUGGCGAUGCCAAUGUACAUCAAGUCUUGCACGGAGAAUGUCAAAAGUGGAAAGGUCCUGUUGAGCCUGAAUGACGAAGACUUGGAGGUCGGCCUGGGGGUGAACAGCUCGAUGCACCGGCGUAAGCUGCGGCUGGCGAUUGAGGACUAUCGCGAGGCAGAGUAUGGAAAGGGGUUGUCCAAGGCCUCAGAGCUGGACCAUCACUGGGUUGCCAAGGCAUGGUUGAACGAUGUGGGCCUCCUGCAGUACUCACAGGCAUUCCAUAACCACCUUAUCGACGGCCGAAUGCUGAACUCACUGACAAAACGGGAUCUGGAAAAAUACCUGAACGUGUCGAAGAAAUUUCAUCAGAUUAGUAUCCUGCUUGGCAUUGAGCUGUUUCGACAGUGGGACUUUGACAGAGAGAUUCUACAUGAAAGAAGGGCCUGGUGUGAAAAUCACAACGUUGACCCUUUGGUCUGGACCAACCAGCGAGUCAUAAAAUGGGUGCGAGAGAUUGACCUCAAGGAAUAUGCAGACAACCUUCUCAAUAGUGGUGUCCAUGGUGCAGUGCUCGUCCUUGAACCCACCUUUAACUCAGAAGCCAUGGCAACGGCGCUAGGAAUCCCCAGCAACAAGCACAUUAUCAGGCGACAUCUCUUUGAAGAGCUGAACUUAAUUGUCAAUCCUGCCAGGCAUGGACUGUUGCAGGAAAGUCAGAGAGUGGGGCAGCUAUGUUACGUACAACAGGGCUUCCUGGGAUACAAUCACGCUGAUGAGAAUGCUCUCGAGUACGCAGAGGAAGAAACCAGUAGGAAGUACAGAACAGGAAGGGGACCAGUGGAUUCAAUGAAGGCCUUUGGUGGGAAGGAUCUCUGCUUCCAUGAAGGCUAUCCGUCCCGUCCACAAGGCGUCACUGAGGAUGAACUGUCCAGACCAGCACGGUGCUCCCUCCAGACGUUCACUGGGAUCGAGGUCACCAAUGUAUAGGGCCAAGUUGUUCACUGGACACUGGAAUCAACUGGAAUACUUUCACCCACAAAUGCAACCACAUAAAAGUAAACCAGCUGCACAGCAGAAGACUUUCCAGCCAAGUGAACAGAUUUAUUUUAUAUUUAUGUUAAGUGGAUUGAUUGGAUCAUCGUUACUCCCAAUUGGCUGCGAGUGGCUGCUGUUGCCAUGGGAAAGCAGAUAAAUGCUGAAGGUUUGCUGGAAGCUAUCUCUUAUUAACCAGCUGAAACCCAAGCUACAGUUGAGAUUGUUCCCAAGCAUCAGGCACAUUGGAUCCAUUCUAAAUCUAGCUUUUCAGCACUGCAGGUCCUUAUAGAAAAAGAAUUUUGAUUUAACAGAAUGUCAAGAGGAUGGAAAGAUCACAAAGGACUUACUCUAAUGUGAGGUUUCUAUCCUGGAUCUUUUAAUUUAAGUGCAGAUAGUUGGACACUCCUCCUAACUCUACUUCAUAAAAAAGGCUUACGUCCAAUUCUAAAUCUGCUGUUCACAUAAUAAUGGAGGAAUUUCAACUUCAGAGGGUAGGCAGAGGACUCUGCAAACAUUGUAACUGAACCAGGCCAGUUCUAUUGAGUACCACCUGCAAAAGACAGUGCAGAUUUUAAAAGGGGAGGAAAAUCCAGCGAGUUUUACUUCAAUACAAUUCCUUGCUUAUAUAAAACAUUUUCAUCAUCAGAUAUUUACUCUCUCUUGCUUAUAAAUGUGGUGUUACUGCUGCUAUGAGGAACUUCGCUCAUCCUUGCAUAGGUAGGGUCCUACAAUGAAAAUAUUGAACCUGGAACUAACUAGGACUUUAAUGUAGCUUUGGCAUUUUGAACAACCAGUUGAAUUAGUUAGCUUACCAAGAGAGACGUGCCCCAGCUGGACUUUUGACUUGGACAACUGAAACCUUGAUUUGACUUCGUUAGUCAGCAUCUCGCUCUGACGCUCUGAAGAAACUGAUGUAGAAAUGACCCAAAUGGAUCUGGAAGGUCCCAGGUUCCGUUCUAAGUGUGCGCAGAGUGGUUUCCCACAGAUAUUGUGUGUUACUCUUCGCACAGCACCCAUGGAGAUGAGCUGUUACCUGUUUUACAUCACCAAUACCUGUGUCCAUAUGACAUAGGAGCAGAAUUAUGCAUUUGGCCCAUUGAGUCUGCUCUGCCAUUCUAUCAUGGCUGAUAUAUUACCCUUCUCUGGAAGUUCAACUGUCCAACUUUUUUCUUCAAAGAAAACUACCCAGCAGUUACCCAGCACAAUAGCUACUUACGGAGAAGUUAGUGUAGCAGAUUGUUUCAAGCUGUGAAUGAGAUAAAUUGACCAACAAACCACAGUAAGAGUAAGGAAAAAAGGAAAUUUGCAAACAAAAAAGGAAAUAACAUUCCUCAAUGUACUAUAUCUGUUCGUUAGUUAAGAUGCAACAUCAUUGGUACUAAUUCAGUUUGACAAACUAACAGUGCUAAAUCAUUCAUGAAUUAUAGAACCACAAGUCUGUUUGCGCUGCUUUGCUGUUAUUAUUAGAAAGCAGUAGCCAGUCUGACACUACUCUCUUCUUUAACAAGAACGAGACAUGAACUGUUUUAACCUUUGGAGAACGUUAAGCUAAUUGUACUGAUUUUACUUUGUAUUCUGUGAAUAUUUGUUGAAUAGAAAAAGGCAGUGCUUUUUUUUACUUUAAAUGUACUUACAGAGAUUUUAUAUUAUUUUUACACUUAUAUUAUUUCAAAUGCUCACCAGUAAUCUGAGUUUCCAAUGUUGCCUUUUUAAUAUUUCUUUUUCCCUCUAAUGCAUCACUAUUAGUUACUUAGAAUUCAAAUGACACUUAAAGACUUAGUGUUUCUCCCACAGAGAUUGCGCAAAGGUAACUGAUUCUUCCUCUCUCUAAGAAUUCUUUUAACAUGACCAGACUUGCCAACUCCGUUUCAUCUUAUUCCAGGAAGCAUCAUCGCAUGACUCCUUUCUGUGCUUCCACCAUAGUCUCCCACCAUUGGUCACCAAUCUGUCAAUCUUAAUGCCCUCUCUUCAAAAGCCAGUCAGAAAGAAACUAGUCUCUUCAUUACCCCUCGGAUGCUUAGCCAGUCAAUAAACAGGAGUAGAUAGUUAUAUCCAUAAAUAAAAGCAAACAUCAAAGACUACUUUGUCGUUUUGGGAAAAAAGGUGCCACUCUGAUCUUUGGCCGGAAACGUCAAAGUGACCUUUUGAAACUGUGUGUUAAGUUGAUGAAACAAGGGUGGGAACAGUGUGGCAUUUCAAUAACGGGUACAGGUAUCAUGUUUCCUUCAAUAAUUAUAGGUUCAUUUUUCUGAGUGUGUGGAGAAGGGGAAGGGUAGAGUAUGGUUGGCUUUACUGGUAAAUACAAGAUCAUUAAAGCCUGCUGCCCACCAGUGUUGCUGGCUAAGCAGUGCAAUUACGAGUGAGAAAUAUCAGCCUUGGGAUUUGGGUCGUAUUACCUUGAAAGGAGAUGUUUCUAACACUGGCGUCAGUGUGUUGUUGGGUCAGGAGACAAAGCCUUAGUUAAACCUUUACUGUCCCAUAUUUGGUAUGCAAUAUUUCUAUACCCGGGUAUGGGUGGGUACUUGGAAUGCACUGCUGGAGAAAGUGGGGGAAGCAAAUGCAAUAACAGUAUUUAUGACAGCCUGGCCAAUGAAAACUAUGGGCCACGAUGGGAUUAAUAAGGAUGGAUACCUUUUGCUCAGUGUUGAUAUGGUGAACCUAAUGGCCUGUUUCCAUGCUGUAUGAAUCUUAUGUCUAUGAGACAUAAAAGCCCUCCUUCUUCCCUUUCUCCAGCUGUCCGCUCUCCUCUCCUAUCAGAUUCUUUCUUCUCCAGCCGAUAACCUUUCCCACCCACCCGGCUCCACCUGCCACCUUCCAGCUAGCCACUUUACCCUCCCCGCCCCACCUUUUUAUUCUGGCAUCUUCCCCCUUCCUUCUCAGUCCUGAAGAAACGUCGACUGUUUACGCUCCUGAUAGACCAGCUGAGUUCCUCCAGCGUUUUGUGUGUGUGUGAAUACACACUGCCGGUUACCUCGGUGUUAAUGAGGCUAAGGCUCUUUCCGAGGGUAUAAAAUCACCAAAAUCAACCUUCCUUUCACUACCCUCAGCUUAGUGUGGGAUAGAAGACAAAGAUUCUGGGAUUUCCCAUCGGGUCAGGCAGCAUCUGUGGAAAGAGAAGCAAGAGUUUACGUUUCUGGCUGAAUACCUUCGCCAGAACCGGGAAGGAGAAAAUAUAAGGUAAGGCCCCGUCUCUUGUCAACUUGACAGAGUGAGCAAUCAGGAGAGAUGGAGAAUUGAUCCCAGAAGAGCAUUGGUGCUGGGCUGGUGAGGUGGAACGUCGGAAACAUAGGGAUAAAUCAAAGUGAUGCAGGAAGCUUCACCUAUUCAGGCAGUCCCUGAUGUAACAGGUUCACUCUGAGUGCUGUGACUGGUAGUGUUCUGAAUGCUUCUAGGCUAUGGCUUUACUAAAAAGCUGAACAGAAUCACCAGCUGCAAUCCCUAAGCGCUGACAACAUUUCCACAACCUGAAAUGUGCUUCAGCCAGGACCGUGGACCUGUGGUCAGGAUCGUGAAUUAAUAGGGCCACGGAAUGUGAUUCCUGAAUCAUCAGCAAAAAAAAAUCCCAUGGGAAAGGAAGGUGAUUUUUAUCCAGUCAUAGCGAUUGAUCCAGAAGGUCAACUCCUGGUGACUCUGCUCUGGGCCAAUUCUGAUUUCACGGAUAUCCUCUUGUGUUCAUUACAAACGACAAUACACAGGAACCAGGGAAAUCAGGAGAGCUAGUAUUGGUGACCCAGCCCCUUGAACUUCUUCCAUAACUUUUACCUACUCAAUUAGAUAACAGCUUAUCAGUAUCUCAAAUCCUAUCCCAACAGCCACACUGUGGAGAUGACCUUUGCACGCUCCUGAAUCACGCCUUAUCUGUUCCCAGGGAGUGUGGUGAGCACACGUCAGUUUUCUUGGUACCUGACCCACAGCAGUACUAAUCAGAAUUACUCUGCUCAAGUACGAUCAAUAAUGUGUAAAUAUGACCUUACAGCAAGAUAACGUUACGCCAACACCUCCAAACCUACAUCUGUGCAAUACUGACCAGGCAAUUCUCUUUGAUGGAUCUCAGCUGAGUGGCAAAGGUGAGUGAUUGUGUCCCGUUGAGCCCGCAGGACAUUGCUUACCUCAGGUUGUGGGCUAAGGACAGAACUAGGCACAACUUUGCUCAACAGGGUGCUUGACAAACCCACCCCACUCAUUGCCUCAAGCGCAGGGCACCCCUGUGAAUAUGUAGUCAGAGGGCACCUAGUGGCCACUGACCUUGCAUUCCAGCAACCUUGCCUGGCAAGAGCGGGCAAUAUCAGCAAAUCGAAAAUGCUCAUUGUGACUGAAAAUUCACUAAGGGAGUGUCCAAUUAGAUGUUGGAUGACUUUCUUUGAAAUUCCCUAUCUCAGAUGGUAAGAAUGUGAUGAAUCGUUAAGGCAAAUCUUUUUGGACGUGUAUUUGGAAAUAAUACACGUGGCAGGGUUGAAGCUGAGGAUAGGCAGAAUCUCAUUGACUGUUGUGGCUGACUCUAAACACCCCACUUCUUUUUAAGUUCUUAAACUGAUGGAAAAAUAAAGGUAAUAUUGACUGUCUUCUAUUUCUUAAAGAUUUACAGUGGGGUUGGAGCAAAUUAAGGGAGCCAAUGGCGAAGGUGUAUUGCUGGCAUGUAUACAUCUUCUACCUAACUGUUCUAAUGUGUAUUCAUUACUUUAAUAUUUUCAGAACUUCAUGUAAAUAAAAGAUAUAUAAAUACAA